AACUAAGCGAAAACCUCUCUCGAUGCAGAAGCAUGAGUUCUCUCAAAGUUCACAGAGGGGAAGAAGAAUCAGAGAGAGGGCUUUCCUGGAUGGGAGGUGACCCUGCCCGCCACUGUUGCAGAUUAACAAGUGGCUCAGCCACAGGAGUUGCUGGGGAGUGGCGAGAAAAAUGAAUGAGCUCUCAAUCCCAUUGAUAUAAAGCUCUGACAAGAUCCACAAAUUUGAGCACCAAGAAUUCAGUCUGGGUCCUUGGCAGAUGGGCAUCAAUAUCAUUUACUAACCAGCAGGAUGGAGACCACACCCUUGAAUUCUCAGGAGGAGCUGUCAGCAUGUAAGGAUGGAGAAGAUUGCCAGGAAAAUGGAGUUCUACAGAAGGGUGUCCCUAUCCCAGGGGAUAAAGCAGAGUCCAGCCAAAUAUCUAACGGGUACUCAGCAGUUCCAAACCCUGGUGCAGAAGAUGACAGUCGGCACUCUAUCUCAGCUGCCACCACCACCCUAGUGGCUGAGGUUCAUCAGGGUGAACGGGAGACCUGGGGCAAGAAGAUGGAUUUCCUCCUCUCAGUUAUUGGCUAUGCCGUGGACCUGGGCAACGUCUGGCGCUUUCCCUACAUCUGUUACCAGAAUGGAGGGGGGGCGUUCCUCCUCCCCUACACCAUCAUGGCCAUUUUUGGGGGCAUCCCACUCUUUUACAUGGAGCUCGCUCUGGGUCAGUACCACCGAAAUGGAUGCAUUUCCAUAUGGAGGAAAAUCUGCCCAAUUUUCAAAGGGAUUGGUUACGCCAUCUGCAUCAUUGCUUUUUACAUCGCCUCCUACUACAACACCAUCAUGGCCUGGGCACUCUACUACCUCAUCUCCUCCUUCACGGACCGGCUGCCCUGGACCAGCUGCAAGAACUCCUGGAACACUGGCAACUGCACCAACUACUUCUCCAAGGACAACAUCACCUGGACACUUCACUCCACGUCACCUGCUGAAGAAUUUUACAUGCGGCAUGUCCUACAGAUCCACCGGUCAAAGGGACUCCAGGACCUGGGAGCCAUCAGCUGGCAGCUUGCCCUCUGCAUCAUGCUCAUCUUUACGGUUAUCUACUUCAGCAUCUGGAAAGGCGUCAGAUCAUCUGGCAAGGUGGUGUGGGUGACAGCCACCUUCCCUUACAUCAUCCUUUCUAUCCUGCUGGUGAGGGGGGCCACCCUCCCUGGGGCCUGGAGGGGUGUUGUCUUCUACUUGAAACCCAACUGGCAGAAACUCCUGGAGACAGGGGUGUGGGUGGAUGCUGCUGCCCAGAUCUUCUUCUCUCUUGGUCCAGGCUUUGGGGUUCUACUGGCUUUUGCUAGCUACAACAAAUUCAACAACAACUGUUACCAAGAUGCCCUGGUGACCAGUGUGGUGAACUGCAUGACUAGCUUCGUUUCGGGAUUUGUCAUCUUCACGGUGCUUGGGUAUAUGGCUGAGAUGAGGAACGAAGAUGUGUCUGAGGUGGCCAGAGAUGCAGGCCCCAGCCUCCUCUUCAUCACAUAUGCAGAAGCCAUAGCCAACAUGCCAGCGUCCACUUUCUUUGCCAUCAUUUUCUUCCUGAUGUUGAUCACACUGGGCUUGGACAGCACGUUUGCAGGCUUGGAGGGGGUGAUCACAGCUGUGCUGGAUGAGUUUCCGCACAUCUGGGCCAAGCGCCGGGAAUGGUUUGUGCUCGCCGUGGUCAUUACCUGCUUCUUUGGAUCCCUGAGUACCCUGACUUUUGGAGGGGCCUACGUGGUGAAGCUGCUGGAGGAGUACGCCACGGGCCCCGCGGUGCUCACCGUCGUGCUCAUAGAAGCCAUCGCUGUGUCUUGGUUCUAUGGCAUCACUCAGUUCUGCAGUGACGUGAAGGAAAUGCUUGGCUUCAGCCCAGGAUGGUUUUGGAGGCUCUGCUGGGUAACCGUCAGUCCUUUGUUUCUCCUGUUCAUCAUUUGCAGCUUUUUGAUGAGCCCACCACAGCUACGACUUUUCCAAUAUAAUUAUCCCCACUGGAGUGUCAUCCUGGGUUACUGCAUAGGAACUUCAUCUUUCAUCUGCAUCCCCACCUAUAUAACUUAUAGGCUGAUCAUCACUCCAGGAACAUUUAAAGAGCGUAUUAUUAAAAGUAUUACUCCAGAAACACCCACAGAAGUUCCCUGUGGGGACAUCCGCUUGAAUGCUGUGUAACAUCCUUCAGUGAGAAGAAAAAGGCUCCCCAACAACCUCUUUUAGUUCUGAGGAGUCAUGUCUCGCCUUCUCUUCAAGUGAAUGAGUUUCCAGCUAAGUCUGAUGAUGGAAGGGCCUUCUCCAAAGAGACACAGUCCCAAAAGACUAUGGUGCCCAGACUCUUAUGGCCGCCAGCCACUUCCUUCCAUGAAAUCUCCUGGAUGUUUUACCACGUUAGACUGUUAUGAAACUGAACUGUCCUAUUUUGGAUGUGUGAGGGUGUGUGUGGAGGUGAUGAAAACCACCCUAUCAUCAGUUAGGAUCAGGUUUAAAGUCAAGUCUGUGAACAUCUCCUGUAUCAUUUCUUGGUGUGAUCAACCAUUGGUAUCUGACAUCUGUUUGUUUCUAAAUGUUUCACUGUUCAUGAAUGCGUUAAACCACGUAGGAGAAAACAGGGAUGCUGUCUUGCCAUAUAUUUUCUGAGUAGCGUAGAAUUGUAUAGUUGGACUCUGCUAGAACCCUCUAAUCUGUGUGCUGCUGUGGAGUCAGGAAAGGAAGAUGUAAGAAGCUAAACUGAAAAAUAAUGUGUACGUGUGCA